AUGUGGGCCACAGUGUUAAAUAAUAAAGCCCACUUCUCCGUGCGUGCACAGAAGAAGAAUUUCAAAGACCUGCGAUACAAGGACGGCGCAUCUCCCAUCACAGACAGGCUGACCGCAGAGCAAACAAACACUCCUGAACUCACAGAUGGAGUUCAGAGCAUCGACGCUGCAGUCUGCACAGCCGGGCAGAACAACACCUACACACACACACACACAAAUCGACAAGCACGACCUCUAUCUUACUGCCUCCAUGCUGGCUCUGCAGAGCUCCUGCCUCCCCCACAUGCCCUCGAUCUACACAUUUGA